AUGGAGAAGGAAACCAUCCAGACAUUCGAGACUGGCCCGGUCGUGCGGGAUGCGGCACUGGAACGUGCCCUGGUGCGUAAACUGGACAUGCGGGUGCUCCCAACGGUGUUCCUGAUCUACAUCAUGAACUACAUUGACAGGAAUGGGAUCACGACGGCGCGGCUUAAAGGGCUCGAACAGGAUUUGGGGCUUACAGACUUGCAAUACUCGAUCAUACUUUCGGUGCUAUAUGCGACGUACUGCCCGGCACAGGUACCGUCGAAUAUGGCGCUGAACUAUAUCAAACGGCCCUCGUUGUAUAUCGGAGGAUGUGUAGUGCUAUGGGGCCUGAUCAGCGCGCUGACGGGGGUAACGCAAUCGUUCCGGGGUAUCCUGGCGUGCCGACUAUUCCUCGGUAUCCCAGAGGCAGCGUUCUAUCCGGGAACGAUGUAUAUGCUCUCGAGCUGGUACACGAAAAAGGAGUUGGCGUUCCGGUCUGCUAUUCUGUAUUCUGGACUGCUCAUUUCGAAUGCGUUUGGAUCGUUGAUGGCAGCAGGUAUCCUUGGAAAUAUGGACGGUAAACGGGGGAUACGGGCAUGGAGAUGGCUGUUUUACAUCGAGGGAUCAAUCACGAUUUGCAUUGGACUGCUGAGCAUGUGGCUGCUCCCCGACUAUCCGCACAACACGCGGUGGAUGUCGCCUGAAGAACGACGACUGGCGCAGGUGCGAAUCGCAGAAGACGCAGGGGAAGCGGAUAAAGACAACAAGGAAGAUACUCCGGUGCAUGGAUUGAAGCUGGCGGCGAUGGACCCGGUGGUAUGGGCGUUUUCAAUCAUGAACAUUGCGCAGCUGCUAGGGCUGAGUUUUGUCAACUUUUUCCCAACGCUGACGGCAACAUUGGGGUUUUCGACUACAGUUUCGUUGUUGCUCUGCGCACCACCAUGGGUGUUUUCAGCAAUAGUGUGCUGCUUGAACGCGUGGCAUGCAGACAAGACAGGGGAGCGGUUCAUGCAUGUGAGCGGGUGGUGGUGGGGAGUGAUGGCAGGAUUCAUCAUCGGGCUGUCGACGAUGCACAUAGGGGCGCGGUAUGUGUCGCUGUUCCUGAUGGCGUGUGGCUAUACAGGGUUCGCGAUGACUCUGGUGUGGGUGUCCAACGUCGUCGUCCGUCCACCGGCCAAGAGGGCAGCUGCCAUUGGCUUGGUCAAUGGCAUCGGAAAUUUGGGUAACCUAAUGGGUUCAUACACGUGGAAAGCAGACUGGGGACCCGAUUACCACCAGUCGAUGGCCAUUUCCCUCGCUGCACUCGCAUUCAGCACCGUGCUUUCUGCAGGGAUCAGGCAGUUCCUGCUGAGGGAGAAUAGGAGACAAGACAGAAUCGAGAUUGAUGCGAAUCGGGUGGAUGAAGCAGCUCGACUGGAGGGGAUAUCAUUUGAGCAGGCACUCGAGAAACGGAAAGGCUUCCGUUAUUUGUAUUAG